AUGGUUGUGAUGGAUUCUUUUGGUUCAAAUGAGACAAGAAGAACAGUUAAAGAGCAACGUGAAUUUGAUUUCUCACGUUAUCCUAAACGUCGUAUCGCACUAAUGUUUCUAUAUUAUGGGUGGCAAUAUGAUGGCCUUGUACAACAGCAAGAUACCUUGAAUACGGUUGAAGAAGUCAUAAAAAAUGCUCUUCUGAAGGUAAGAUUGAUAGAAUCAUGGAAAACUUGUGAGUGGUCACGAAGUGGUCGCACUGAUAAAGGGGUAUCGGCGUUCAAGCAAAUUGCGUCACUUGUUGUAAGAUCAAAUGAUCCAAACGAUGAGUUUGUGUUCUGGCCUGAUGACAAAGCUGAUGAUAGCAGUAUUGCAGUAAGUUCACGAAUCUCACCACCAUACAAAGAGUUAUCAUAUACAAAAAUGUUGAACGCUGUAUUACCCAACAAUAUUCGUGUGCUUGCUUGGGCACCAAUUAGCAGUGAUUUCAGUGCAAGAUUCUCAUGUACGAAACGCGUUUACAAGUAUGCAUUCCCUCGAGCCGAUUUCAACGUUUAUGCCAUUCAAGAGGCAUGUAAAUUACUGGUCGGUGAACAUGACUUCAGGAAUUUUUGUCGUAUCGAUCUCAAUAAAGCCCGAGUUGAAAUGAGUUAUGUGAGAAAUGUUUUCGAGGCAUACAUUUCGAUUGUUUGCAACGAUGGCAGCCGAGUGCGGGUCUAUGAAAACAAAGAGUUUCAAAAUUGUGGGCCGUAUUCAAUGGUUGAGUUUACGAUGGUAGGGUCGGGUUUUUUGUGGCAUCAAAUCCGAUGUAUAAUGGCGGUCAUUUAUGAAAUUGGCAAAGAGAACGAGAAACCUGAGGUAAUCUCAGAAUUGCUCGAUAUCAAGUCAACUCCACGAAAACCAGCGUAUGGACUGGUACCGCCGUCCCCGUUAUGUCUUUUCGAGUGCAGUUAUGGAAAUGAGGAUAUCAGAUGGAUGUGGGAUAUUGAUUGUGUACGCAAGAUCAAAUCUCAACUCCUAAUCACGUUGGCAGAUCUCCAGGCCAAGUGUAUGAUUUUGCGCAAUAUGGUCACGGGUAUCGAACAGAUGGUACCCGAACUUGAAACGAAUAUCGAAGGUCUUGGUGACUUCAUGAAACCGAAUGGUCAGUGUGGUUCGUCAUAUACGAGAUUAAAGGAGAGACCCACUUGUGAUGCGCUUGAAGAGAAACGUGAAAAGGUUCGUGCUAAAGCAAAGAAAUUUGAAGAGAUGAAAAUUGUCAAAAGACGGAAAGUUGAUGAUACUGAAUCUACUCCAUAG